AUGCCAACGAUGUAUCGACUGCGUCCUUCGUCGUUUGUGCGGCGUUACUCUGCUGCCCCAAGGGUCCCGCUGGCCUACAGCCUGUACAAACCUCGAGGCCAAAGACAGGUUGCCAACCGCCCUCCAGUAGUCUUCAUGCAUGGCCUUUUCGGCUGCAGGAAGAACAACAGGAGCAUGAGCAAGGUGCUGGCUUUCGACCUGGAGACGUCGGUAUACGCCGUUGACCUUCGUAACCAUGGGGACUCCCCUCAUCACCCCAAGCACGACUACACCGAGCUCGCUCUAGACGUAGAGCGGUUCAUACUGGAACACAGCCUGCGCGAUCCCAUCCUUAUCGGUCAUUCCAUGGGUGCUAAAACGGCCUUGACUCUUGCUCUACGCUCUCCCUCUUUAGUGUCUGGCGUCAUAGCCAUAGACAACGGCCCUAUUCGUCUACCACUAACCGAUGACUUUCCACGCUACAUCAGGGGCAUGAGACACGUCCAGUCCCAGCCCAGUCCCAUCACCUCCCUGUCCCAGGCGGACUCACUCCUUGCGCAAUAUGAACCAGACCCUGCAAUCCGUCUCUUCCUUCUAACGAACUUGGCCAAGACACCAGGCCACAGCCACCUGCGUUUCCGCGUACCGCUAGAUAUACUAGCCUCGUCUUUGGGUGCCCUGGGUGAUUUCCCGUAUACUAACCCCCAGGAAACUCGGUUCGAGAAGCCAGCGCUGAUCGUCAGAGCGACCAGGAGUCACUACUUGCCUGAUGAGUCAAAGCAGCUGAUGCAUGAAUUCUUCCCAAACCUGAGGAUCGUGGACUUUGACUGCGGGCACUGGGUUAUCACCGAGAAGCCACAUGAGUUUAGACAGAUUGCCGUUAAAUUUCUACGUGAUACUGUGUUAUCCACAAGUUAG